AUGGGAGAUUUUCACAAAGAAGGAAUAUUAUCGUAUCGCAAAAUAUGUAGCAGUGCUUUAUUGGAGUCGGUUUCAAAAACAGCCGCUCUCUGCAGUUUAGCGGCGAAUUCCGUGACAGAUUGGAGAGAAGCCGCUAUUUGCUCUUUCUUUCACUCAUCCAUCACCGUCUCUGCACCUCCCCAAAGUUUCUACGCUCUGCUAGCUCCUCUGCUUCUUCUGCUCUGCCAGAUCAGCGUAGCGCUGUGCGCGGUUCAAAUCUGCAGUAGCGACACGAGCAUUCUCCACCACGCCCGCCGCAUGCCUAUCAAAACAAAGAGGGUCACUAGAGUUGAGUUGAACAAGAGACUCAGACACAAAGAACAACAGAAAAAAGAAGCAGAAGCUAAGAAGUUGGAGGACUGGUCGAAAGAAAUUGACAGCAUACCUGAAAUUAUGGAGGAAAUCAAGCAAGAAGAUGAGGAAAAGCAGAAGAACAUGCUAAGAUAGGUUAAAGGCACGGCCACCACGCUUAGGAAAGCACAAUUCUCCUAAUCGACGAAAUAAAUGGAUCCAUCCAGAACCUUAAGGUAAGCUUGUAAAAAUUCUCUUGCUUACUUUUUGUUAUCUGUUUUCUGAGUUUUUAAAACAUCCAAGUAACUUUUCAAUUUCCAUGACAUAUAUGUAGGGUUGUUGUAUCCUUAUAAAGGAUCGAUAUAAAAGUUUAGAGAAGAGAAGAUUGUUCCAACAUCCAAAACAUCCAAGAGGAAGUAGUUUACUGCUCUAACAUUAUAUGAAACAUGUCAUCAUCAAAUCAUUUUUGCGUAUAGUUCAUACAUCUAUAUUUUAACCGUUUGAUAUGACACAUUUAAAAUUUGUAUGACAUUGUGUUUGUGUUAUGCCUUUGGCAGGAAGUAGAGUCCUCUUGAUUGUUGGUUCCAUAACCAAGCAUUGACGCCAGGGAUGAAAGACCAAUACAAUUUUAUCUAAAUCAAGAUUUUGUUUUCUUGUGUUUGUUUCAUUUAUACUCCUAGCUAGUCACAGUUAAUGUGUUUCCAUAUCAAUCUGU